AUUUAUAAUAUAUAUUUAUAUCAGCUGCUUGUUAAGAGAAAGCCUUUAAAAUGUCGAAUGAUAUUAAUAAUGGUUCAUUCAAAAUUGAAGCUACAUCUAAAUAUUGGAUUGCCUCAUUGUACAAAUGGUGCCCAACAUCUUUAUAUGCAAUUGAAAAGGCAGAAAAUAAAAUACUUUCCUAUUUAAAAUGCAAUAAUGAAAGAUAUCAAAUUAAUAUUGGACCAAAUAUAAAUAUAUGGACACUAUCUUGUGACCAUAAAGAUAUUCAAAAAACUCAAUCUACUAAUGUUCAAAAUGUGAAUGAAUUUGAAAAUUUUUAUGGAAAAUCAAAUGAUGAUGCAAACAAUUGCCAUAAGAAUAAUUCAAAUAAUGAUAUCUCUGAUCCAACUCCAUUGGUAUUAAUUCAUGGCUUUGCUGCUGGCUUAGCCUUUUGGGUAAAAAAUUUAGACAGUUUAUCUAUAAAUAGAAAGGUUUAUGCCUUUGAUAUUUUGGGUUUUGGCAAAAGUACCAGGGUUCAAUUUCCAUGUUGUCCAAAAGAAGCUGAAAAUAUAUUUAUUUCUUCUAUUGAAAAAUGGCGUUUAAACAUGAAGAUCACUACGAUGAUAAUACUUGCUCAUAGUUUUGGAGCUUUUUUAGCCUCUGCUUAUGCCCUUAAAUACCCAGACUCAAUAAAGCACAUAAUUUUAUGUGAUCCAUGGGGAUUUCCAGAAAAACCUAUAGAUUCAAACAAAGUUACAAAUUUACCUUUAUGGGUAAAAAUGAUGACUAGUCUAUUUCAACCUUUCAAUCCUUUGGCUCUUUUAAGAAUGGCAGGACCUUGGGGGCCUCUCCUAGUUGAAAAAACAAGACCUGAUUUACAAAAAAAAUUUACAAAUAUAUUGGGAGAUGAUGAUACCUCGAUCUUUGAAUAUGUUUAUCAUUGCAAUGCUCAAAAUCCAACUGGUGAAUCAGCUUUUUCGUCAAUGACUAUCCCCUGGGGCUGGGCCAAAUAUCCAAUGAUCAGGAGAAUUCCCCAAUUAAAAAAAGAGUUGCCAAUGACUAUUAUAUAUGGAUCAAGAUCAUGGAUUGAUAGUGGAAUCGGAUUUCAAGUUAAAUACCUUAGGCCAGAUUCAUAUGUUGACGUCAAAAUUAUCUCUGGAGCUGGCCAUCAUGUUUAUGCAGAUAAAGAAAAAGAAUUCAAUCACAUUAUCAAUAGCAUAUGUAAAAAAAUAGACGCUAAUCAGUUAUUAAAAUAAAUGCAAAGUAUUCUAAUGCAAAACAAAACCACCACCAGAGUAUUCGGAUUGCUAAAAUAUUAUGUUUAUUAAAUAUUUUGUAAAUAUAAUAUACCUGUGGCAACUGAACAAAAGCAAGCCAAUCUGAAGGAUGAGUUGGGAGUAAACCCAUUGAAGCACAUUUAUAUAAGGCUAAUAAUAUAUUUCCUAUGUUGCCCAAAAAAUAAAUAAUCUUUUGUAUUCCUGCUUGAUUUCCCUCGAUCAUAUUAAAUGCUAUAUUA